UCGACGCGUCGGAGUGAAACAUUGAUUUCGCGGGAUCGAACGAGCCGUAAACAAUGCUUAACAAGCGCAUCGAUUCGUUUUUCUUUUUGUUCCAUUUUUUUUUUUUUGCGUGGAAGAAUCGAAGCGUGCUGUUUGACGCGGUUACAAUCAUUAACAGCAAUUCGUUCAGUUUUAUUGUUUCGAUCUCGCGAACGAUACUCGGUAGUGAUGGGAUCAAGCAUUUCGUAAAUGCAGAGAAACGUCGAGUGUCGUGGCACGCGGACGUGAUUCGUGCGGUGGUGUUCGGUGGUAAAGGGCCAACAACAGGCCGUAAAGGUGGGCUUUCGAGAUGAGCUAUGAAUUUGGGCUGCCUGCUAGCCACUGUCUUUGUGCUUCGGCUGUCACAACUGCCUUUCGACGUCGCGGCGCUACCCUCAGUCGUCAAGAUUGGUGCUAUAUUCACUCAUGACCAAAAGGAUAGCAGUACAGAGCUGGCCUUCAAGUAUGCCGUGUACAAAAUCAACAAGGACAGGACCAUCCUGCCGAAAACCACGCUGGAGUACGAUAUACAAUACGUGCCGAAAGAUGACUCGUUUCACGCGUCGAAAAAAGCGUGUCAACAGGUUAAGUAUGGGGUGCAAGCGGUAUUCGGUCCGUCCGAUCCCAUUCUGGGCCAACACAUCCACAGCAUUUGCGACGCACUGGACAUUCCACAUUUGGAAGCCAGGCUGGACCUGGACACAGAGGCGAAAGAGUUCAGCAUCAAUCUUUAUCCCGCACAAACUUUACUCAACGCCGCUUAUCAGGACAUCAUGGAGUUCCUUAAUUGGACCAAGGUCGCCAUUAUCUACGAAGACGACUACGGAUUGGUGAAGCUAAGAGAGCUCGUCAGGUCGCCGAAGUCUCGGGAGAUCGAGGUUAACCUCAGGCAGGCCGACCCGGAUUCCUACCGGCAGGUUCUAUCCGAGAUGAAAAGCAAGGAAAUACGGAAUCUCAUCGUGGAUACCAAACCGGAGCACAUGCAUCAUUUUCUGCGAAUGAUCCUGCAGCUGCAAAUGAACGACUACAAGUACCACUAUCUCUUCACGACUUUCGAUAUCGAGACCUUCGACCUCGAGGACUUCAAGUACAAUUUCGUCAAUAUCACUGCCUUCCGUCUGGUAGACGCCGAGGACGUGGGUGUGCGUGGAAUCUUAAGGGACAUGGAACGAUACCAGCCAUCCGGCAAUACCAUCCUCAACAAAUCGAAAGUUAUACAGGCAGAACCAGCCUUAAUGUACGACAGCGUCCAGGUGUUUGCUGUGGGAUUAAGAACCCUGGAACAGUCCCAUGCUCUAAGACCUGCUAAUAUUUCCUGCGAACUGGAACAUCCCUGGGACGGAGGGUUGUCUCUUAUCAACUACAUAAACUCGGUGGAAUUGAAAGGUAUCUCAGGACCGAUCGAGUUCAAAGAAGGUCGCAGAAUACAGUUCAAGCUGGACCUAUUGAAACUAAGGCAGCAUUCGCUCGUUAAGGUCGGUGAGUGGCGUCCAGGCGCCGGCGUCAACGUGACGGACACCGCGGCCUUUUUCGAACCAGGAACUGCAAAUGUCACUCUCCUCGUCAUCACGAUACUGGAAAUUCCAUACGUGAUGAUGCACUAUGAAAAAAACUACACGGGGAACGCGCGGUUUUAUGGUUUUUGCGUGGACCUUCUGGAGGCGGUGGCGAGGGAGGUCGGCUUCUCUUACCGAUUGGAGCUGGUACCGGACAGGAAGUACGGUGCGAAAGACCCGGAAACCGGGGAGUGGAAUGGCAUCGUUCGAGAACUCAUGCGACAUGAGCAGCCGUACGUAAUGGUGAAGAGCAGAGGGAAUUUCAGUGGGAACGCACGUUACGAGGGCUUCUGCAUCGACCUACUCAAGGAGAUAGCUCACAUGGUGGGCUUCGCCUACAGGAUCGAGCUCGUGCCGGAUGGCAAAUAUGGCGUUUACGAUUACGAGACCGGCGAAUGGAACGGAAUAGUACGCCAGCUGAUGGACAAGAAGGCAGACCUGGCGGUCGGUUCGAUGACCAUUAAUUACGCUCGCGAAAGCGUGAUCGACUUUACGAAGCCGUUCAUGAACCUCGGCAUUUCCAUCCUUUUCAAGGUACCAACUAGUCACCCAGCUCGGCUGUUCUCCUUCAUGAACCCUUUAGCCAUUGAAAUUUGGCUGUACGUACUGGCAGCGUACGUUCUCGUUUCGGUGACGAUGUUCGUAGUCGCAAGAUUCAGUCCCUACGAAUGGAACAACCCUCAUCCAUGCCACGCGGAUUCUGAAGUGGUGGAGAAUCAAUUCUCGCUGGCCAACAGCUUCUGGUUCACGAUAGGCACCCUGAUGCAACAGGGCAGUGACCUGAACCCUAAGGCAACAAGCACGCGAAUCGUCGGUGGUAUCUGGUGGUUCUUCACCCUGAUUAUUAUCUCAUCGUACACCGCGAACCUGGCAGCCUUCCUUACGGUGGAACGUAUGAUAACACCUAUCGAAAAUGCUGAGGAUCUUGCUGGUCAAACGGAUAUCGCGUAUGGAACUUUAGAUAGCGGAAGCACCAUGACUUUCUUCAGGGAUUCGAUGAUCGAGACGUAUAAGAAAAUGUGGCGAUUCAUGGAGAAUAAGAAACCAUCUGUGUUCGUGCCGACCUAUGAAGAAGGAAUUCAAAGAGUCCUUCAAGGUGACUACGCUUUCCUCAUGGAAUCGACAAUGCUAGAUUACAUCGUGCAAAGGGAUUGCAAUCUUACUCAGAUCGGUGGACUUUUGGAUAGCAAAGGAUACGGAAUCGCUACGCCUAUGGGUUCUCCUUGGCGCGAUAAGAUAUCAUUGGCAAUUUUGGAGCUCCAAGAGAAAGGUGAAAUUCAAAUGCUGUAUGAUAAAUGGUGGAAGAGUCCCGGUGACACUUGUAUGAGAACGGAGAAAGGAAAAGAGAGCAAGGCGAACUCUUUGGGAGUGGAUAACAUAGGUGGAGUAUUCGUCGUGUUGCUGUGCGGUCUCGCAUUCGCGGUGCUGAUCGCGAUAUUCGAGUUCUGCUACAAUUCGAGGAGGAACACGCCGGCGGAACGGAGAGCUCCCGUAUCGACUCCAGUCUGCUCGGAAUCCCUUCAGGGGAUCUCGCAGUCCGUGCAGCAGCAACAGCAAACGCAGCAGCAGCAACAACAACCAAAUCAACAACAAGAAUCCUUGUGCUCGGAAAUGGCGCGAGAAUUGUGCCGAGCGUUGCGAUGCCACGCGUCCUCGAGACGCCGACGCGCCUGCGAGAAGUGCUCGAGCCACGUGCUCGGCUAUCCGCCGGAUAACCCCACUGCCACCCCCUUGAACGGCAUGAGAUCCCAGAGAAGCAGUCUGGGUGUCCCCACGGUCGAACUGCCGCCACACAUCCACAUGCAUCAUCACACGCCACCAUCAUCGCACGAAUACGAUGGAAAUUAAUCACGAUUCUCUGCACGUCUUCGUGAUCACUUAGAUAACGUAAAACGCGAGAACGAGCUAAAUACCAAAAGAAAGGAAGAUAUACCGGAGAAGCAAGUACAAAACGCAUCAAGUGGCACCGGACGGACGGAUCACGGAAAGAGUUCGUUCCCCUUUUUCUUUUUUCUUUUCAUUUUUCUAGAGAUCGAAGUAGAGAUCCCGCCGCGUGUGUCACGCAAACAUAGUCGAACGGACGUUGCACAAUUUCUUCACGAGUCGUCGAUUCGACGAACAGAGAUGCUCUCGUUUCACGACGAAUUGCCUUUACCGUUUUUUUAGCCGUUUCCUGGCUUCUCUCUUCAAAUUUCCACCGUAGAGGCUGCACCGACGAUUGUUCGCACACGUCGGAUAACAACGGGACGAUCGAUCACCAAGAAACGCGUGUCCCGUGACGAGAAGAAAUUUUUCCGCCGGGAAAAGCUUCCUCUCUACACCGCAAUUUCUCACUUCUGUCGCGUAGAAAUAUCGAGGUAUUUGUUAUACAGAGGCAAACAACGGCUCGAGAAAAUCUUGUUCCGACCGAUCGUACGGGGCUGGCCUCGAUUAAUCAACUAUAUCGAGAAUGUUAUAGGUAGAACCACGACGUGAAUCGAUCGCUGCGUAUCGUUUGAUAAAAAGAAAAAAAAAAUAGAAGCAUCGAUGAAGAAACGCGAACAUCGAGAUUAGCUCAGUUUAUUUUCGACCUUCCGAUCGAUCAGUGAAAAAUAAAUCGUCCAGCUGAAAAUUGUUGGAGAAAAUCAGGCUUUUACAAGAUUUUUCCUUUCAUCCUCCGCGGACCAAAAAUGCUGGACGACAGAUUUUCACCAUGAAUUUAUCUCGUACGUUUCGUUUCACGCGUGGUGGUGUACUCGAGACGAUUUUCAACAUUUUUCUCUCUACAAUUUCUACCCAAUUUUCACGUAAAGAUUUCACCUGUAAAAGAUCAUCGACACUGAUAACGUUAUUUCUCUUGUAAAUACCCGCGGUGGCACGCGCGAACGUAGACGAUCCUAUCCGAGAGUAAUUUAAGAUAAAGCGACGAGGCAAGCGAGUAAAAAUUGUUUAGCGUUAAACGAGUACAACAAAGUAGACGUUUGGUGUCAUUUCACGUGUGUAUGCAGAUAGACGGCGAAUAAACGUAAAACGAGAAG